AUCCGCCUCAGCUGUUCAGCUCAUUAAACUCUUCCUCACAUUUCAGCCCACCUGUCAUUGUAAGUUUCUAAGACUGCGUUACUAUUAGGCUGCUCUGGGUAUCAAGAAGGUAGGUGAAUUGGUCCAUCAUAGGCUCUACCUAUUUUCGAUUGCUUCCUCAAAGUUUUAUCCUGCCUAUCUACCUAUCUACCUACCUACCUACUAGGUACAUUAUCUGGCCACCUCGUGAACAAUGGGCAAACCUUCAGAUCUAUCUGCCAGCAAGGCAGCCGAUUCCGUUUCGCUACACUCAAACGUGGGCGAGAGCUCUAGAAACAACAUUCAUCAUGAUGUCCUCGACACUCCUGAGAUUUCUAUCGAUGAUCUACCUCCGAACUACAGCGAAGUCGAAUCUUUACUUCCACCAGCCAUCCGGGCCCCACCACUCAACAGCACUGAAGCCCUCAUGAUGGAAGACGGUACAGUCUUUAAUGAUAGCAACUACGGUGCCCAAUAUUGGAUAGCGAAGAGUCUCGAAUAUCCGGAUGCGCUCGAGUCGCACAUCCGAAAACUUGCUGCCAUUCCACCGCGACCCUACAUCAAACUCGUCGGAACACAUACCGAAACGAGACGGAACGACAAGGACAAAAACGAAACUACCACCGUUGUAGACUUUGACGUAUCCGUCGAACUGACACCAUAUCUAUACUACGAUGCACAAUAUCACAAGUCGUGGAAUCAGCUACGCACUGUAGAGAAUUUCGAGAAAACGAAACGAGGCACCAUAUUUCGGAAACGGGCUCCGGGCACACACCAGAACAUCGAAGUCGGCGGCAACCCGAAGCCGACACUCACAGAAUGGUGUCAUCGGUACGCUGCUAGCCACGCCGGCCUAAAGGUCUUCGCGCUCCAUCGUACCAUGAUAGGGUUCAACGAGGAACGUGUGAAGAGCCAAUUGCGGACCCUCGUGAACAAUACCAACUACCGCGGCCACCUCAAGGUAGAGCUCGUGAUGAAAAACUCCUUGGUCGAAUGCUACAACGAGGCGAGAACAAACCACUGGCGGCUGACGACGUGGAUACAGACGGUGUUCAUGGUCACCCUGCUUUUCAUCUUCUCCUGGCCAUACCUCUGGCUGCGCACGAAGAGGUGGGAGGUUGCGAUUUCGGAAUGGCCGUUUUCGAGGCUGACGGAGGCGGGUGCUAAGGAAUAUGUUAGCAUUAGCGAGGAUCAGUGGUAUAACUUGUGGGCGCGUGCUAUAUCUAAGGCUGUGAUGGAGAAGCGGCAGAAGGUUUUGGAUCAGGCGGAUCUCAGAAGGUCGCAAGAGCCUGAACCUUCGCUUGAUACUGGCAACUACGCUGUUAACGGCGCGCUCGGUUUGUUUAGGGCUGGUGUGAGUGCCAUGAAUGAGGUGAAUCGGCAGUUAGGUUGGGGUGGGGACUGCUAGAGGCGUCUCCCGGAUGUAGUAUUAUAUCAGCAGAGGUAUCUGUGCCGAUGUCUUUUCCAUAGUGUCGUUUUCCUCUCCUUUAUCCUCUAUUUAGCCCAGGCGUCUUUGCGGAAGCAGGUGUUUGUCGUCGUCGCGAUGCUCGGUGGGUGUUGCGUGAUGGCUCUUUUGGGAUAAUGGAGCUUUGGGUUAGGUAAUGAAUUCGAGGACCAUUUGCCCAAUCGGGAAAUUUACUAAGUGGUGAGGUUAGUCAUCCAACUUUGCUUCACGAUGAUUUCUAAUGACGUUGGGUUUGGAGCAGUGGGUUUGGGUAUAAGAAGUUGACA